AUGUACUUCGGGGCGAGUUGGUGCCCGCCCUGCAUGCGCAUCGUCGGCGCGAUGCCGCAGAUCAUCACCGAGGACCUGCCGGAGAGCGUGCAGGUGCUGGUGAAGGCGGAUAUGGACCUGGCCGCGCCGAUCUUUGAGUGCUUUGAUGUGCAGACGAUCCCGACGUUUGUGGUGUUAGAUAACCAGAUCCUGCUCAAACACAACGCGAUGGCGUGCGCCGCGAGUGAGGGUGGGGAGCAAAUGGACAGCACUCAGCUCGAAGUAAUGAUGCGAAAGGCAUUCGCCGAGGCUGAGAUUGGGCGCAUUCAAAAUUCGCAAAGGCCAUUAGUGAAAAUGUUUGUGGAGAAGCACUGUACUACUUUGAGUUUUGAUGAAGAUUUUUAA